AUGGCCCGGUCCUCCAGUAUGACCAGCGACGGUCAUGAGCGCUUAGAGCCGAGGCUUUUACGGGCGGCGGAAAAUGAUGAUGUCGACUCCCUGCUCAAAGUUCUCGCGCUCGCCCACGAAUAUGGCCAGUUCAGUGAUAAUUUCCUUCGCGUGGGUCUUAUGCGCAGCGCUGAACGAGGCUGCGUCAACGCAACCGAGUUUCUGCUAACGCAGGGCGCGAAGACGGAUGUUGCUGGGAAUCGGCUCUCGCCGCUUUUACGUGCGGUCGAGCGCGACCAUUAUCAAAUUGUGCGGCUCUUACUCGAUCAUGGGGCAUCUCCUGACAGUCAGGAUAAGGACGGAAGGACGGCGAUAAUGACUGCGGCGUGGCUUAAUCGUGCGGAUAUCUUGCAGUUAUUGAUCAUGCGCGGGGCGAAUGUGAAUGUUCUUGAUCAUCGGAAGAGAAAUGCUCUACACAAUCUUGCGGCUGAUAAGGAGUGUAGGUGGGGGUGGGGAGAGGAGAUUGUUGAGUUGUUGUUAAGGCCCGAUUGUCAUAUUGACACAAAUGGGCAAGACGAGCUGGGAAGGACCCCACUGCAUUGGGCUUGUGCGACUGGAAAUUGGAGGCUGGCACAGUUACUUUUGACGAGACCGGAUGGUUCGAAAAUUGAUGCGACAGAGAUGAGAGGGAAGACGGCACUGCAUAUUGCUACUGCGCAUGAUCGGGCUGAUAUCGUGCAACUUUUGUUGCAGCAUGAGGCUGCUGUAAAUGCUUGCAGUGAUGGAGGAUGGACGCCGCUUCAUAAUGCCUGUGAGAGAGGAUGCGAGGCUAUUGUUUCUAUUCUUGUGCGCGCAGGCUCUCACAUCAACAGUCAGUUACUGAAUGGUGUCACACCUUUGCAUCUUGCGGCGCAAGGUGGACAUCGUGAGGUGGUGGAGUGUCUUCUGAAGCGACCUGAUCUGAAACGUCGAGUUCGGGACAACUUUGGCAGUACUCCGUUCCUGCGUGCAGCUCAAUUCAAACGCAAAGAUAUCGUCCUGCUCCUCGCUCCGUUCAAUAACGUCGACUCUCUCUCCGACGAUGUCAAGGAAGCUAGUAAGGCCUUCGAUGCGACUGUUGUUGACUUUGGCAACUUCCACAACGAGAAUCGUGUUAAGAAGAUGUCUGUUUACAAUCUGUUAUAUGGCCGGGAUCCUGAAAAUCCAAGGAAACAGGCUGUGACAACUAUUCCUGCUGACAGUCGUGCAACUGACUUCCGAUGGAUACACCUGCCAGCAAAUAACAUGGCUUGGGUGGAAGCGCUUAUGACCAAGUCGUUUAUUGAGGAGGGUGCUCACGAUGUGGAUGGCUUCAAAGGUCUCGAGAAAUCUUUCAAUUAUCAACAUCGCGGACAAAAGAUUCAUUCGCACUUUAUGCGGCCUUUGUGUCAGAAUACACCGCGAACCACGAUGCGGCGAUGGGAGAAGGAGAAGGAGAAAGAGGACGAAAAACCAGAAGAACACUCGCAAUAUGCUCCUUCAUUAAGUACGGUGGACACCACAAUCAAUCGCAAACAGAAAGGAUCAAGCAGUAAACUUGACCGCGUCGAAUCACAUUCACACGAUGAAAAAAAGGGUAACCGCAGCCAGAAGCGAAGCAAAGGGGGCAGCAAUCCAGGAACUCCCAAGUGCGAGACUAAAAUCAAGUCCCCAUGGGGUUCAAGUGACAAAUUGGCUCGAUCAGCCCAAUUGACCCUAUCAACUCUUUGUAAAGACCCCCAAGGCCUCGUUCCCGGAUGCAAUGUUUGUGUCUUUAUGCCAUAUCUGCAUUUCGAAACCGCCGAACGGCGACAGAAAAUGCAGGAUGCCAUCCAGCGCGCUGAGACCCUGAGUUUUCAACCGAGUAUGAAAAAACUUCGCAUCAAAGAUGAGGUGCUUCUUGAUGCGCAUUUAUCUGCUUCGACCACUUCUCUCCAUGUCCGCCGAACACUUGACCAGUUCUUCUACCCAAAUAUUGAUACCCAGAGCCGCGACCAAGACCAGGUUGUCUACCGGUACCAGACCAAAGGCCCCGGCCGUGAUGGGCCAGGAACGGAGCCCAAAAUAUUCAUGGUUGAUCAGCUAUGGAUGUGGGUACUAGGGACAGGCCUUAUUGUCACCAGUUUUCCGCAGCGAUGGGACCAACCUAAAAAUGAUCCGUUGAACGUGUUGGAUGGGAUCAUUGAGGAUAUCAAUUCCAAAACCCGUGACCCUGUCAAAUCGGUAUACGACCUUGCUAUCAUUAUCACGAACCGAUGCUCGGGAGUCUUUGAUCGACACCGUCUUGGCGAUGAUGAAUUCCAGUUUUUGGACAUGUUUGAAUCCUCUAUCGGUAUAGCAACUGAUAGAGAGACAUUGCUCUUCAACCGGUUCAAUCAUGCAUCUGUGCAGGCGUCAGCUUGGCUGAAAAGCCACCGUAAAUUGAAUAAAUUCUCUCACAGCUCCGCUCGCUCAAUUCAUGCCCGUGACGGAGUUGUAGAGGAUCAUCCGGCCGAGAAUGAGGAAAAUUAUCUUGACGAUGGCCAGCCACUCUUUGUCGACCGACUCCUCGACAUUGGCGAAGAGACAGAUCUUCUUGCAGAGGCUAAGGAUAUUCGGGAUGAGCUGAACAUGAUUCGCACUGUGCUCGACCACCAAAAGCACGUCCUCCAAGAUUUUCAAGAAGUGAUAUGCGAGAUUUACCAAGGGCAGCACCGCUCCCAACACGAAGUUAAGAAACGAUUUAAGGACCAGCAGCGCAUGAUCGACAUGCACUUGAAAGAUAUUGAGCGUAUGGACAAGCAGGCUGAACGUAUCUACCACUCCAUCACCGAUCUACUCGACCUCAAGCAAAAACACGCCAAUGCCUUUGAAGCCCGCUUUGCUCGCGACCAGGCAGCAGGAACCACCCGCCAAAGCAAGACAAUUAUGGUUUUCACCAUCGUCACAAUCGUCUUCCUGCCUUUAUCCUUCAUCACCUCUAUCUUCACCAUCAACCUAAAAGAAUUCAGUAAUCUGAACCUCCCAUACGUGGCCAAAUACACCUUCGGCGUUGGCUUCGCCAUUUCCAUCCCCCUUGUCUUCCUGGCUCUUUCGGUGGACGACAUCGGCGACUUCUUUCGCAUGGGACGUCGCUGGCUAUCUCGCAAGAAUGAGCCUGUACCGACAUCAGACCGCGAUAUUCAGCUCCAGACACUGGAGUUUGAGAAAAUAAUCAGCUUGGCGCGAUCGCGUCGGAGCGGUGAGCUGGAUUAUGGGCCUAGCUUGCUGCCUGUUUCGACUCGCGGUACUGGAGUGUCGAGGAGAUUAGAUCCAUAUGCAAAUGGGCUGGUACAUGGAAAUAUGCGGAAAAGCUAUGAAUUACGUCGUAGUGCAGAUUAUAGGCCCUAUACAUGA